GCGUCAUGCCUCUCAUUCACAGGUGAUAUCUAUUAGCUUACCUCAUAUCUGCUGUCAGGUGUCGCGUCUGCGGACCAUCAAAGCGUCUCCCUGCUGUGACAGAGAUUCUUGUGGCGAGCUGCAGUGGGCUUUGCAGAUGCCAUGUUGGAGCAGUAAGCUAAGCAUGGCGGAAAAUCAUCUGGAGUACGGCUACCUGGAGGGCGAGUCCAUGGGGGAGCAUUUCGCCGAGGACCCGGAGCUGGCAGCCAUCAAGGCCCGGGUUCAGGAGCUGGAGAUGGAGGAAGAGACGGAGAGACUAAAGGAAGAGGAGGAGAGGUGUGAUGUAGCGGAGAUGCAGCUCCUGACGAGCAGCCCCCGACCCGGUCCUUUCUACAACAUGACUCCUGAGGAGAGGAUAGACGCAGACAACAGAUCAGUCUAUGUAGGAAAUGUAGAUUAUGGAGCGACUGCAGACGAGCUAGAGAUCCACUUUAACGGCUGUGGCCCGGUCAACAGAGUCACUAUUCUGUGUGACCGGUUCUCAGGACAUCCCAAAGGGUUUGCGUAUAUCGAGUUCUCCGAUCGAGACUCGGUGCACAGUGCGAUUGGUCUGCAUGAGACCUUGUUCAGAGGGAGAGUCCUUAAAGUCCUGCCCAAGAGGACCAACAUGCCAGGCAUCAGCACCACCGACCGAGGGGGACACCGAGGCGGACACUCCAGAGGCGGGAGAGGCCGAGGCGGCGGCGGCGGCGGCGGUGGAGGCGGAGGCGGUUAUCGUCCACCACGAUACCAGAGCAGCUCUCGAGGCAGGUUCAGGUACCAGUCGACCAGGCCGCAGCAUCAAACACCCCACCCUUACUACGGAGGCCCCUCAGUGGGGAAGAGACAGUGGGGUCAUAUGGACUACCAAGAACAGGUGCCUAAACGUUAUCCAUGUCUUCUUCUCAUCACUCCACCGUCGGAGGAGAUGGGGGCGGGGUCAAGCGGACAGCACUACCCUCAGCAGCGCUAGCAUCAUCCCCCGGCAUACACUCGAGUGGGUGAGGAGAACUGAGGAUUUUAAAGAAGUGUUUCUUGGCGUUACAAAGUGAAGCAUCAUGUGAGGAGAGGAUCGAUGAGACUUUUAAAUUGCAUCCCUGCAUCAGUCGUUCAAAGUACAUGAGAUGUGAAAAAGAAGUCUGGGGUCAGAGGUGUUGCAUUAUUGGCUUCUGUGAAUGCAUGGGACAUCCAAAUUGUUCAGCAGUUUGCGUCUCUUACCGUUUUUACAAAUUGAUGUGAAUGUACUGUGUUUCUGCCUGCAAUGUAAACCCUCCCCUAUGUAUAACUCUUUGCUAUGUAAGUGAAUGAAUAAAUAAAACAAUGAUCCAGUAAAAUAACA